AUGUACAAGUGCUGUAAGCAGUUAUACGAAAAAGAAGACGAAAAAAUGGAGAAGAAAUUUAAAACAGCCUUCUACAUUUCAGCAUUAGAACGGCCAUUAGAUGACUAUGAAAGUCUCUGUGCGCUUCAAAAGUUAAAUGGGGUGGAGCUGGGUGAAACUUACUUAACACGAUCUGCAUGUACUGAAUUCAUUGAGCACAUAAGCUCUGUUAUGAAGGAGGAUCUCGCAGACAAAUUGAAGGAAUGUAACUUUUUCUCCCUAAUGAUUGAUGGAAGUACAGAUCAUGGUGUCAUUGAGGAAGCCAUUAUGUAUGUGCGCUACUUGGAAAAGUCAGUUGGAAGACCGGUCACUGCAUAUCUUGGAAUCGAAGAACCUAAGGCUGGAACUGGAAGAGGUUAUUUAGAUGCGGUUGAUUCCUGUUUCAAAGAGUAA